CGUCAGCAGCACCAGGUGCGCCAGCGACACGCAACGGUACUUCUCUCUGAAGGCCUGUGCAGUCACGUCCGGCGGACACGGCAGACGCACCUGCCGCUCGCCGUCCAUCACUGACGCACCCGCCGCCGACGCCCAGGGUGCGUUGCUAAGCAACCCGCAAAGCGUCUCCAGCGUCUCCCACAGCGACAGCGCCUCCACCGCCUCCGCCGCCUGGUCACGACAGAGCGCCUGUA